CUGUACAGAGAGUGACAGAUACAAGUCAACAAGUCUUCCUCUGAAAUUUCAAACUUGCCAGUACUCCCUCAUAUCUUCCGCUCCUGACAACCUUUCCUCCAUUCAAAGAAAAAGCAUCCAAUAUCCUCAUCCAAUUUCUAUGGAGUUCACUCUUCAUCCUCUCUUUCUUCUUCAAUCUCUUCUUCUUCUUUCAUCCUCAGUAUCUUACAAUCCAUCGGUUAAGUACUUCAUGAACUGUGGAUCAGACACCGAUGUCGAUGAUCUUGACGGUUCCCCGCGGACUUUUGUUGGUGAUGAGAAUUCUAACUCUUCCUUCUCUGUUGGAAAAAGCACAUCUAUCCAAAAUGAAAACCCUUUACCCGGCAUAUCACUCCUAUAUCAUACAGCCAGAAUCUAUACGAAAUUAACCCCGUAUACGCUUGAUAUCACUCAAAAUGGUUCCUACCUUGUCCGCCUUCAUUUCUUUCCAUUCAGCUUCAAAGGGACUCAUCUUGCUGAUGCUUUGUUCAAUGUGUCUGCUUCAAAUUUUUCACUUUUAACAGAUUUUAGAGUCCCGAACAGUACUACUGAGUUCCCAGUGAUCAAGGAGUUCUUUCUCACGAUAGCUGUAGGAAAUUUCAACAUCUACUUCAAACCAGCUGAAGAGACACCUUUUGCUUUCGUGAAUGCCAUUGAAGCCUUUCUUCUCCCACAAAAUUUCUUCAUGGAUAAUGCCUCUGCAACUCCUCCUUUACGGACCAAAGAUGGAGCUCUUAGGACACGUUAUAGGAUCAAUGUUGGAGGUCUAGAAGUUAACGAUACCCUGUGGAGAAAUUGGGUACCAGAUGAUGAUUAUCUAGCUUUUGGGGGUUCGGGUGCAAACCGUCCGUUUAGUGGUAAACUUCAUCAGGCCAGUCAAGGGUUGACUGUCCAAGAAAUUGCCCCUGAUUCUGUGUACACAACUUGCAAAGAAGCGAGUGUAGAUAAUAACGGGGCAUCCAAUUUUCCAAAUAUAACUUGGCGUUUUAACGUGAGCAAGAAAGCUAGGCAUCUUGUUCGUCUGCACUUUUGUGACUUUAUCAGUGUGUCACCAGGUACUGUGAAAUUUGAUCUCAAUUUAUCUACCAAUUUGAGUCAAGUGAUCGAUCCUAAUUCUGGUGGGUUUAGUGAAAUGGCAUCUCCAUUUUUCCUCGAUUUUAUGGUUCCUUCUGAUGAUUCCGGAUAUAUGAGUUUUAGUAUAGCCCCAGGAAAUAAUUCUAUUCCGAAAGUUGCUUUUCUGAAUGGAUUGGAGAUCAUGGAGUUUGUGGGGAACACGACAAUUGUAGUGCCUGUUGAUGAACAUGAGGCAAAAAACCAUCUAGUUCUCAUAAUUGGUUCAGCUGGAGGUGUGGCUCUAGUCUUGGUUUUGAUUUUAUUAUUCUCAUUAUGUUUGAGAUUAAAGCGACCAAAGCCCGUAAAAGCUGAGUUUCUUUAUGGAAAAGGGAGGUCUCCCAGUUGGAUAACUGAAAAAACUGAAAAUGCCUCCUCCAACGUUACUAAUUUAAACCUCAAACUGAAGAUGUCUUUAGCUGAAAUACUGGCUGCGACUCAUAAUUUCAAUCCAAAGUUGUUGAUUGGUGAGGGUGGGUUUGGCAAAGUUUAUAAAGGAACUCUUGAGACUGGUAUGAAGGUGGCUGUGAAACGAAGCGAUUCAAGUCAUGGCCAGGGUCUUCCAGAGUUCCGAACUGAGGUCAUGGUCCUUUCAAAGAUUCAACAUCGGCAUCUUGUUUCCUUGGUUGGCUACUGCGAUGAAGGAUCGGAGAUGAUACUGGUUUUUGAAUUCUUGGAAAAGGGGACUUUGAGGGACCACUUAUACAGCACGAAGGAGUGCUCAAAGAAUCCAUCUGCAAAAACUGAAUUGAAUUGGAAACAAAGGCUUGAAAUCUGUAUUGGCUCAGCAAAAGGUCUCCAUUACCUCCAUACUGGUCCUGAUGGAGGAAUCUUUCACCGUGAUGUUAAGUCUACAAACAUCUUACUUGAUGAACAUUACGUGGCCAAAGUAGCUGAUUUCGGUCUUUCUCAACAAGGAAUGCCUGAUCCGGACCAUAUAAGCAUGGGUUUUAAAGGUACUUUUGGUUAUCUUGACCCUGAAUAUCUCAGAACUUUUCAGUUAACCAAUAAAUCAGAUGUGUAUUCUUUUGGUGUGGUUCUUCUUGAAGUGCUUUGUGCUCGACUCCCUGUUGUAGACUCACAGCAGAAGGAAGAAAUAAACUUAGCUGAAUGGGGGAUGUUUUGGCAAAAGGAAGGGCAGCUUGAAAAGAUUAUCGAUCCUCUACUGGCAGGUCACAUCAACCCUAAUUCGCUAAGAAAAUUUGGUGAAAUAGCUGAGAAGUGUUUGAAGCCACAAGGAGCAGACAGGCCUAAUAUGAUUGAUGUGUGCUGGGAUUUAGAAUACGCAAUGCAGCUUCAACAGACUGCAGUGCAUAGAGAGGCACAUGAGGACACCACCACAACAGGUGUUUCAUCAGAUUCAGCACUCCCAGUUAUGCAGAACAUGAGUUCUAAUAUGUUCCCAGUUGAUGAUUUCUCAGAUACAACAGAUACUGUAAUGUAUCCCAAUUAAGAAUUAACGAUUCUAGAUGAUCCCCACGGGUCAGGAAUGAGCUCUCAGUGCCUCUUAUUAUUAUAUCAAAUUUCUCCAGCAACGAAUGGACUUUGAAGUCAUUUGAGUAUAUGCUCUAGUUAAUUCAUGUUGUCAGAUGAGAAGUUCUAAAUAACAGCAAGUACGUUUGUCGAUCACACCAAAUGCCUUAGUAAUUCUCUGGGUUGGAAGUGCCUGUUCAACAAAGAGUGAUUGAGGUGGAUAGGUUGACAGAUUUUAGAUGCUAAUGUUCAUCCCUUGGAUGCAUAUCUGUUAAAUAUAAAUAAUAAUAAAGUUUGAUUGGAUGCUUAA